UUUCAAUUUAAUUCCAUAAUUCAAAAUCAUAUGAGUUGUGUUCUUAGUUCUUACUUCUAAACGCCAAAAAUUUUAUAACUCAUUUUGAUUUAAAAACCCGCUUAAAAAUAUAUUUUUCAAGUUAAAAUUUUUAUUUCCUUUUUUAAGUUAGAAAAAUGAUGUUUGUUGGAACAUCGCGAGAAAAGUUUUUUUAUCACAAUACAUUGUUAUGUCUAGUUAAAUCACUACAAGAUAAAAAUAUAACAGUUGAUCUUCGAAAUGAUUCAUAUGUCUGCGGUCAACUUACAUCUGUGGAUGGCUACAUGAACAUCUCAAUGAGUAAAGCUGUGUAUUGUGAUUCUCAAGAAAAUGAAUAUUAUUUUGAUAAUUUAUUUGUACAAGCACGAAAUAUAAGAUAUGUACAUAUACCAGAAACAGUCUCCAUCUUAGGAAACAUAAAAAAUGAGUUUAAAAAAGGAAAUGAAAAAGAUCCAAAUAAAGAAGAUAAACCUGUGAAAUCAAGAAAAGCGAAAAAGGCAUUACAGCAGCACAUGAAAAUUGUAGCAUCAUUAGAGAAUUAAUAUGCUGUUAACUUUCUUUUUUAACAUUUAAGCAUA